CGUCCCGAGCCCCUGCGCGUCCCCGCCGGGCGGGAGCGGCCGGUGCCCCCCGAAACCGGCGGGUUUGCACAAAGGGCGGUAAGUGUCCUGGCAAUCAGGCUUGCAGAAACCCAACAAGUUUCUGAAAAAGCAGCAGGCUUGCAAAAAAAACUCCAGUAGUUUCCCUCAAAACCGGUAAAUUUGCAAAAAAAUUUGCAAAACAACCAGCAACUUCUCGAAAAAGCAGCGGGUUGGGAAGAAAAGCAGGAGCUUCCGAAAAGGGAAAGGAUUUGCAAAGGAAAGCCAGCAAGUUUCUGAAGAAGGAGCGGAGUGGCAAAGAACAAAAAACAUUUUUUUGAAAAAGCGGCUUUGGAAGAAAAGCAGCGAGUUUCUGAGAAAGCAAAGGAUUUGCAAAGGAAAGCCAGCAAGUUUCUGAAGGAGCAGUGGAGUGGCAAAGGAAAAAACCUCCAAGUUUCAGAAAAAAACAGUGGGUUUCCAAAGGAGAAAAAGCCAAUUUCCAAACAGCCGUCAGGGAAGGAAGCGUUAAACACGCCUCGGAGCUGAGCGCCGGAGGCCAUGGACGCGCGGCGCUGGAGGGGUCUCCCACCCGGGAACCUUUCCGACUGUCCCAACGGCUCCCGCUGGGUGAUGGACGUGUUCAACGAAUGCGCCCAGGACGGCUGGGACAUCACCAGCGUCAUCCUGGGUCUGGUUUCCAUCUUCUGCUUCGCAGCUGCGUCUUUUCCGCAGUUCUACCAAGCCUGCAAAACAGGCAACAUGGACCGGGCUCUCUCCAUAUAUUUCCUGCUGGGAUGGCUGGGCGGAGACCUCCUAAACCUCAUCGGUUCCUUCCUGGCCGAUCAGCUGCCGCUGCAGGUUUACACAGCUAUUUACUACGUUCUCGCAGACCUGGUGAUGCUGUCUCUCUACUGUUAUUACAAAGUGAAGAACCGGGGCGGAGGAUUCGCCGCCCAGAUCAACGCAGCCUUCGUCUUCCUUUCCCUGGGGAUGGUGUCGGCCGUCUCCUUCCUGGGCAGAAGUGCUGCCGUGGUGCAGGGCCCGGUGACGUUUAAAGGGAGGUCUCUGCUCUCUGCUCAUGUGGAUGAGCUUGGGUCAAAGCCCCUCCUUGCCUUGCAGCCUUUCACCAGGAGCGAGGUCAUUGGCUUCACCAUCGGCUCCAUCUCCUCCGUGCUGUACCUGUGCUCCCGAGUCCCCCAGAUCUACACGAACUACAAGAGGAAAUCCACCAUCGGGGUCUCCUACUCUCUCUUUGCCCUGGUGAUGCUGGGGAACUUGCUCUACGGCCUCAGCGUCCUCCUGAAGAACCCUGAGCCAGGGCAAAGCGAAGGCGACUACGUCCUGCACCACCUGCCCUGGCUGGUGGGCAGCCUGGGCGUCCUGUCCCUCGACGUGGUUAUCUCCUUCCAGUUCCUUGCUUAUCGGAGAGGAAGACCCGGUACCCGCGAAGAGAGGGAUGCUCUUCUCGGCGAGCAGGGUGGCAGAUUGGAGAGCUGACGAAGGGACCUGCGCUGGAGUGAGAACAGGAUGAUGCAGACGAGGAAGCUGGCCCUAAAGCCAGGCAAACCGGCCCCUCCAUCCUGGUGGCUCCUGGGAGAGGAGGACUUGAGCCAGUGUUGUGCUGCUAAGCCCAGCCAUGUGGCAGAGGACACUGCUGAGAGACCUUGUGCCUCUUUGGUACCAAAGAUGCUAUCAGGAUAAACAGGGAAUUAUUUGAUACCUCAAAAGGUCGCUCUCUGCUGCUGUUAGCCCCCACGGCUGAGCCCGGUCACUUCUGCUUUACCUGCUGUCUCUCAGGAGUGAUCUGGAGCUUCCUCGGUACUGGCAAACAUGGGAAGAGCCUGAGGGGCUGUGGGGAGGGGACAGGGAUGACCGACCUUUCACAAACAUGAGCACCACGUACCUCUGUGGGCAUCACAUCUCUACUGCUGCGCUCUUUCUGGAAGAUACAGCAGGGCUGGAGCCAGUUCAGAAGGAGGAAGGGAAGGAGCAGCGUAACCGAAGUCCACGCAUACCUGUUCUAGAUAGCAUGGCUCACACAUCUGUAAAACAAGUCCUUGCCCCACAUGCCUCCUUUUGGUUUUAUGUUCCUGGUUCAUCGGGCAGCUCCUGCCUCUGUCUUAAUGCGUCUCAUAGUCCCCAUUUCUCUGAAAUCUCUCUCUUUUUUUGCCUCACGCCCACUUUAAUUGCACGGUUUCCCAGGGAGGCUGCUCCAUCGCGCUCUGGUUAGCUGCGGAGGCAGUGACCCAGCCAGGCGAUGCUGCCUCUCUGCUCGGUCUGGUUUUUAGUUCUGCCUUCUCUCAACGAAUUUAUCCCCAACGCCAAUGAAUCCAUCGCCCUCUCGGGGCCCUGCAUACCAGCGCGGUGGCUCCUUGACCGCAGUAGGCCGAGAAGCAGCGGUGGUUUGGGAAGAAGCCGUGUCCCCGGCAGGAGAGAAGCUUUCGGGUGGGCAGGGGGCAGCGGUGGCGUCUGCCUCAGCCCGGCGCCGCAGGCUCCCUCCCGCAGGUUGUUUCUGCUGGGGGGAAGCAGCUCAGUCUCACUGGGCAAGCAAGAGGCAAAGCAAGCAAAACUUGUAGGUCCUUCAAGAAACGUUGGCACAACCUGUCAUUUCAAAAACAAGGACUUUCCUUUUCCUGCAGUCACUAUUAGCUCUUCUUUUUGCUCCCCUUCUCUCCCUUUCCAGCUGCUUUCCCGAUAGCCAGCACUUCCCACGCCGCCCUCUGCUCCGUGCGCCUGGUGGCUUUACCUCUACCAUUAAUUUCCGAUUCCUCAGCCAGUCCCCUGCCAUCUGUCCUUCCUGAGGAGGUCACCCUCCUCCCUGCUUCGUCCUCGCACUGAGGAAGCCCAGCCACAGCUCUGUGAUUACAGAGCUCAGCCUAGGUCGUACGUGAAACGGGGGUCAGACUGCAACAGCAGAUUAAUUAAAACACAAGCUCUGCCGGUAUUUGGAGCUGACCCAUUGGGGUUUGGAGAGAACAGAUUUUUUUUCAGGCCCUUUGAGCCCCUUGAGCAAAGCGGGUGGGUUUUUCGCGCCAUUAAUUCACAAUCCUUCCCCUCCAGGCUCGCAGGCGAAGGGGCUGCUCGCCUCUUCCCCGUCCUCGAGCCAGCAGGGUUUCCUCUGCUGUCCUUCCCUAGGAAUCACAGAAGAACAAUUCAUAUCCAGUGCUAGCACAAACCAUGAGCAGAUUCCUAGCAAGAUAAGAAGGCACAGCUUCAUUAGACCUCAAUACUUAUUAUGGAUAAAGACCCCAGGGCUUGGUUUUAUUAAAGGAGUAUUUUUUUAACCUUGGCUCACGUUUGCUAGCUCAGCCUUGAAGUGCUGGGGAAGGCACGGUUGGUUUACGGAGAGCUGGAUUUACUAAGCUGAGCUUACACAGGGGGAUAGGAUAGGAUUUGGCACACCUACCUCACGGAAACGAAGGUUCAUGACGCUAGGUAAUUGCCAUGUACCAGCUAGCCCAGAGCUUUUCUUAAAGCCAGAAAAAGACCCCUAAUAUAAGGAGAUAAAAAACUUAUAAGUGGUUUUAUGUGCCAGGAGCCAUCUGGGUGGUGCCGGAUGGAAAUACGUGUCGCGGAGAGGCUCUCGCUGAGGUUAUCAUCCCUCUGAGGCUGCAGCGCACCCCGUCCCCAAAAGACUCCGCAAUUUAAGAUGUUGUGGAGGCAAACGUUCAACGAGAGAAAGCACGGGCCAGAAAGGCCAGAGCUGGGCGGGAGGCUGGGGCCGCAGCAGCCAAGCCAAAGCUGGCGGUUAGCACCCGAACGUCAGGGUACGCUGCUUUGAGGAGGAAUAAGCUGCUGCGGGCGUUGGAGCCGUCCUGCAGCGCGCGACUGCUCUGCGGAAAGGGUAUAUCCCGGCACACCAGCAAGCGGGGGGUGUCUGCACACCCCGGGCCUACACAUUAAAUUUAUCUGAGACACUUCCCUUUCUGGCUCAGGCAGAGAUUGCUUUGGAGAAGGAAAAAACCCCCCGAAAACUUUAGCGUGGGACAGCGGGAAGCAGGCGAGAGGAACUGAGAGUCUCCCCCCUCCCGGGCUAACGCGCUGUUCCCAAGCUUCAGUUCGCAAAAACUUCUGACUUCAAAAAAGGCUCUUCCUCGGACAGAACCAAGAAAUGACGACACGGUCCUAACACGUUCCCCGUGGGGGUCCCGGCUCCGGGGCAGGCCCGCGGGAGCCUCUCCCCAGCCUGCGUCCCAUAUGAGCUGCAUUACGGACCAGAGGCCGGCGGGUAAAUAAAACGACACGGGGCCAUAAUCACCCGCAGAUGUCAGGAUGUGAAAUAGGUCACUUUAGAAAAGCAAAAUUGAAGUGCAUUAAUCAAUAUUAAUGCCAACGGUCUCAAUUUGCAUGGGUUCACCCAGAGGCUAGUUCCAAUGGCCACACGCAGGAAGAGCCCAGCAGGUAUUUGCUUUCUCAAUUUCACCAGGAUCGAGUCUGUUGUAACCAAAGCAGGACCAAGUAGGCAGCGGACCUGAAGGUGCCCGCGGUAACCCUGACCACCGAGGGUUUAAAGAGGGGGAAAGCCUGGCUGAGGUUCACAGGGACCGAGCAGAGGAGCUUUUGGGUGAGCAUCCACCUCCGGCUGCGGAGCAAACCUCUCCCCGCCCGAAGGUUUCAACACGCAGGUUCCCCCCAAGACUACUUUUAACACACCCAGUAAAGCUGGACUAAUCUUCCUCCUCUAAAUACACCUGCUCUGUGUUCGCCGGACACCUGAAGCAUCAGCCCCAGCGUGGAGCGGGAUGCCAACAUCCCGGCGCCAGCAGCUCGGAAGAACGGAAGGGAAACAAGGACGGCAGCUCCCCGGCGCUCCCUGUGCGACCAGCAGCCCUCUACAUCACACCCUCUUUGAAACAAAUGAGUUUCAGCUCACCCAGAUGCAAGAGGAAAAAAAGAAAGGAAGAAAAAGCUUUCUCAUUUUCUGGGGCCGUACAAUCGGCAGCUGUUUGGGUGUCUGGAGCACCGACUUUGCUCUCUGCGUCUGCAGCCACCGCGACCGCUUCCAGGCGCCACGGGAGACAGCGUUUAGGGCACAAGCCCCAGGUAACCCUGCAGGAAGGGAAGAGAAAUAAAGAGGACACCAACAGCACACACUGCUUCCUGGGAUUUUUUUUAAAUUUUUAUUUGUUUUAGUCUUUUUUUCUUUUUUUUUCUUUUUUUUUUUUUUUUUUUAGUAUGGAGGCUCAAGUAUCAGAUGUAGAUUCAAUUUAAGCUUUACAAAAAAAACAAAAUCAAAACAAAAACCCCUUUUGCAUUCCAUAAAAAUUGACAGAAAAGCGCCUUGGAACCAGGCUAUAGAAGAGCAGAACGUUUCAGCAGGUCUCCUAAGUCUUCUUGCAAAUCUGGUUUAGUCAGUAUAGUACAACACCGAGGAACACCCUCUCUUCCCUCCCUCCCACCAGCCAGCCCCUGUGCCCAGCCCCCAAACAUACGUGGAAUAGAUUUUAUUUUUUUUUUUCCAGUUCUUCCUCUUUCACACACCACAGUAUUUAAUAAAUUUUUGUUUUACAUUUUUUACACCGAUGUAACAAAAGGCAGGAGGGGGCGGGAAGGAAAAGACAAACAAUGAUCCGUGUUUAUGCAUAUAAAUGGGAAGGGGGGG